GGCAUGGAGGAUGUAGGCAACUCUCCGCUAUUUGUAGUGGAAUAGCGUUAUUGCAGCGCAACUGAGAGAAGUCCAACGCGCAUAAGGACAGGGCUGGGCACAGACAUCAGCGUACAGUUCCAUUGGAUAUAGCAAGUCUCCAUAACAGCCAGCCGAAUAGAGGAGCAAAGAAAGGGAUGACGUAGGGUUGGAGGUGGGAGUGAGUAGCAUCGAGCCGUAGCAGAGCAGAGAUGAGUCUCACGUCAUGGUUCCUGGUGAGCAGCGGGGGCACUCGCCACCGUCUGCCCCGGGAGAUGAUCUUUGUCGGCCGAGACGACUGCGAGCUCAUGCUGCAGUCGCGGAGUGUUGACAAGCAGCAUGCAGUCAUCAACUACGAGUUAACCAGCGAUGAGCACAAAGUCAAGGACCUUGGCAGCCUGAACGGGACAUUUGUGAAUGAUGUUCGAAUCCAGGAGCAGAUGUAUAUCACUUUGAAGAUUGAUGACAAGUUAAGGUUUGGAUAUGAUACCAACCUGUUCACGGUGGUGCGAGGCGAGAUGACUGUCCCAGACGAGGCUCUGCAGCAUGAGAAGUUCACCAGCCAGCUCCAGCUGAGUAAGAAGCCCUCCAACUGUGAGCCCACCAAGUCACCUGCCAAAUCUCCUGCCAAGUCCCCUGCUAAGACCCCCAAGUCCUCCAGCUGCAGACCAGCCGAGAGCAAGGCAGCCGAGGGGACCAUGGAGCCAUCAGCCAAACCUGCCGAAUCACACAAGGGAGAUGACAAGAUGGCAGGUGACAUAGCAGCAUUGCACCGGGGAACCCCUCUGUAUGGACAGCCAUCUUGGUGGGGGGAUGGGGACGCAGAUGAUGAGAACUCCUUCAAGCAGGAGACCAAGACGUGUGGGAAGAAGCAUGACAGCUCUGCAGCAGACGGCAGAGAGCCUAAGAGGAGUGAGAGGCCUAGGGAGGACGGCCUGGACCCAGAGCCCAGCUACUUUGAGAUCCCCACCAAGGAGGCUCAGAUGGCCGAGGACAGCAUUCAUGAGAUCCCCACCAAAGACACUGAGGGGGCUGCUGCUACCGCCAGCGCCAGCCCUCAGGGCCAUGCCUCCCCUCACGCCUUCACAAUCGAGUUUGACGACACCUCCCCUGGCAAGGUCACGAUCAAGGACCACGUGUCCAAGCUGACUCCGGACCACCGGCCCCGGCCUAAGAAGGCCUCCCAUUCAGGCAGCAAGGACCUCAGCACCCUGCAGGCCGCCAUGAUGGUCUCUGAGAGCAAGGUGGCUGAUUGGCUGGCCCAGAACGACCCCCCCACGGUGCGCAGUGAGUCCACGGAGGACAGCAAGAGCAUCAAGAGUGAUGUCCCUGUCCACUUCAAGAGGCUCAAAGGCAGCAAGCAUGAGGACGGCACCCAGAGCGACUCCGAGAACGGGAUUGGUCUGCGCUUCGGCAACCGGAGGCUGGCCUUGGAGGAGAGGCUGAGGGUGGCGCAGGGAGGACAGGGGGGUCAGGGGGGCCGGACCACCAGCAACAGGACCGCCUUCAUGAUCGAGUUCUACGAUGACGACAACCCCCGCAAGCGACGAUCCUACUCCUUCUCCCAGACUGCACCGCUGCUUGGGGGCGUGGCCGGGGAGGCUCUGUGCCCCACGCCCCCCUCCCACCCUAAGUCCCCCUCUACCACGACCACAGCCACAGACUUCAGCAAGGCCCCGUUAUCAGCGGCACUGAUAGCGGGUGCCCCCACGGCCGCCCGGGUCCUGAUGAAGCAGAGGUCUGAGGACCAGAGCAUAGGAAGGAGCUCGGUCAGUACGGGUCACCAGACCACUGAGCCCAGCCCCAGUGAGGAGGGUCUGAGGAACCCUCGGUCUCAGGGGGACAGGGAGCAGGAGGAUGACCAGAGCGAUAAGGGAACCUACACCAUUGAGCUGGAGAACCGCAACCCUGAGGAGGAGGAGGCCAGGCGCAUGAUAGACAAGGUGUUUGGGGUGGAGCAGAAACAGGACCCGUCUGUCUCAGGACCAGUAGAACACCAACAGGGAGAAGCGGGGAAGGAGAAGAAGGAGAGGAGGAAGACCACAGAGACGGGAGAAACUGCGAAACCAAGCUGCCUUCCAUCUGAGAGUGUGUCUGAGAACCCGGUGGCAGUGGGCAGUAGUCGCUGGGUGUCUCAGUGGGCCAGUCUAUCUGCUAACCACACCAGGACUGACCCAGAAGGGUCUGGGGCUGAGUCACCUGCCUUCGUCCAUCAGCAGAGAGAAGCGGAUGCCUUUGAGUCGGGCGUGUCCAUCCGAAGCGCCAGCUCUGCCACCUCCAGUCUCACCGAGCGCAAACGCAGGACCCUCCCCCAGCUCCCUAUCGACGACCCCCGGGCUAAGCCAGGGAAGAGCUUGUCCGGCCUAGGCCUGCAUCGCUCAGAGAUCGGGGAGAAACAGGACACGGAGCCCCAGGAGAAGAGCCAGGUGGAGCAUAAAGGAGACGGGGCAUGCUUUACCUCCGUAGAGGAGGGGGAUAUGAUGAAGGGCAAACAGAAACAGACCAAGGCCCCGCUACAGGCCUCCUCCAAGCCCCCUCUCAGACCUAUGAGCAGCAGUGAGAAGAGGUCCGAGGAGAGAAGGAGGUGGGCGGAGGACAGGAUUCAGCACCACAGCAAAGAAGGAGGGGACGGGGGGGAGAAGUCAGGGGGCAAGCCUCUGGUCCGCCAGGGCAGUUUCACCAUCGAGAAGCCCAGUGGUGUGGUGCCCAUUGAGCUGAUCCCCCGGAUCAAAUGUGGUGCUGGUGUCCUGGGCCGCGAGCGCAGCGACUCUGUGGGCAGCAUGGACACAGCCACCCUGCUGAAGGACACAGAGGCUGUCAUGGCCUUCCUGGAGGCCAAGCUGAGGGAUGAGAACAAGCUGGACAGAGCCAACCGGGCAGGUUCCAUCUCCCCCGAGUCAGACGUGGACACGGCCAGCACCUAUAGCCAGGCAGCAGGGGAGGGAGAGAAGAAAGCAGCCCACCAGAAACGCCGCUCCCUAAGCAGCCUGCACAAGGAGAAGAGCAACCUGAGCUCAACCUCCAAAACCGCUGCCAGCACCAACGCCCGCGAGCGCCUGGAGAGAAAGACCAAAACCAGAACCGAUCCCAGCCGGCCAGAUGUCCGCCGCUCCGUCCAGCCUGCCUCCUCGCGGGCACGCCAACCAUCCCAGGACCUCACGGAUGACGAUCAGACCUCGUCUUUCCCCAUCUCCGACAUCCUCUCCUCUGACCAGGAGAGUUUGUAUAGUCGCUCGUACGGCCGCAGCCACUUCACCUCUACGGAUGACCUGCUACAUUCAAAACUGGAGGCCAAAUCCAGCAGCAAGACCAGCUCCAGUAAGUCCAGUAAGACCCUCCAGGCCGCCACAGCUUCCUCUCUGGGGAAACAGGCCUCUCUGCCCCAGCCACGGCCUACCAGAACGUCCCUGCUCCGCCGGGCCCGGCUGGGGGACACGUCCGACACGGACCUGCCCGAUGCAGACAGGAUGUCUGUGGCCUCCGAGGUGUCCACCACCAGUUCCACAUCCAAGCCUCCGUCUGGUCGUAAAGGCCCCUCGCGGCUGGACAUGCUGGCCCAGCCCAGGAGGACGCGGCUGGGCUCCAUCUCGGCCCGUAGUGACUCAGAGUGUACUGUGGGCCGGAGCAGCACCUCCUCCCCUCGCUUGUCUGCAGAGACCGCCCUGCGUCUGGGACUCCGCUCCUCCACCCCCACCGACAACAAAAUGGCUCCUCGCAUGAGGGCCAACAGUGUGUCCAAGCUGACCGAGGCCAAGUCCAGAAUCAGCCCCUCCGUUCACAGCACUCCUUCAGCCUCUAACAGGUGGAGACGGCUGCCCCCAGAGUACGGAUCCACCUCAGAGGAGGAGUUUGGCUCCAACAGGAACUCCCCCAAACCCGGGCGCCCCCUGCGCCCCCACUCGGUCCUGAGGGGUACCAGACUAGGGGGCUCCACCAGCAGCCUUAACUCUGGUCAGGUUGGCCCUGGAGGCGUGGUCCUCAAACACCGCAUGAGAGAGCAGGAGGAGUACAUCAAGGACUGGACUGCUCACAGCGAGGAGAUUGCCAGGAUCAGUCAAGACCUGGCCAAGGACCUGGCCAUCCUCGCCCGGGAGAUCCAUGACGUGGCCGGAGAGAUCGACUCGGUCAGCUCCUCUGGAACGGCUCCCAGCACCACGGUCAGCACCGCCGCCACGACGCCCGGCUCCGCCAUCGAUACCCGCGAAGAGCUGGUUGACCGUGUCUUUGACGAGAGCCUCAACUUCAGGAAGAUUCCUCCCAUGGUGCAGAACAAGGCCCCUGAGAUAAACGGACGCCCUGUGGAGCUCCGUCCCCGCGCCCCAGACAGCCUGGACUCCCACUCUGCCCUCCGCAGACGCACAUGGAACAGGGAUGAGGCAGUGGUGGACAGUCUGCUGCUCACAUCUGUCUCUCAGCUGUCAGCUAAAAUCAGACAGUCUGUUGACAAAACAGCAGGAAAAAUACGAAUAUUGUUCAAAGACAAGGACAGGAAUUGGGAUGAGAUUGAGAGCAAACUCCGAUCUGAGAGCGACAUACCACUUCUCAAAACCUCUAACAAGCAGAUCUCCUCUAUCCUCGUGGAGCUGAAGAGAGUGGAGAAGCAGCUACAAGUGAUAAAUGUAAUGGUGGAUCCUGACGGCACCCUGGAUGCCCUGAGCAGCCUUGGCCUGACCAGCCCCCUUACACCCAAGCCCACUCCUGGUUCUCAGGGGCCCCAGGAGGCCCUCCCAGGCCCCACAGCCUCAGCCAGGGGCAACACCGCCUCCUCAGCCCCCACUGAGGGGUCUGGGUCAGCCAGAGACCUGGGAGGCCUGCAAUUCAACCGCAUCCACCCCAGUGGAGAAGAGAGUGCCAUCCCCCAGAAGUGACAUUCACACCCUCUGCGCAGCUUCAUAUGUAGAACACCCACCUCAAAGAACAAUUUCCCCUCUUUCUGAAGUUUUCUGAAUGAAGAUCCACCAUCCUAUAGUCUCCUGUAUGUCAGAACCCAACAGGACAGGCCUUAAGCAGGAUUUCUUCCCUUCUCUUUAGACGUACAGUCAUGCACGCAUGACUACGUCACUUUGGGUAAAAGUGUCUGCUAAAUGGCAUAUUAUUUAUUAAUGUCAAUGGACAUGAACAACACCACUAAGUCAAGCAGCUCGCAUCAAUCGAUACACACAGAGGAGUGGCAGUCAGGAAUGUGUGUGGUCGACCUCUAGCCAGGCAUAUUUGCAUUCUGGAGUUUGGUUACCAUCCUCCUCCAUGCAAACUGGCCACAGACACACCCUGUGGUAAAGACAACUUCUAGAGUGCCUCCCCAUCUUUCUUCUUACCCUUCAUACUGGCACCAGCUAAACAGUGAACACUUUGUAUUUGUGUCGCAACAAGUAGCAUUGACAUUUAGUAUCAAGAUCGACUGAGUAGAGCGUUCUCUUUCGGAAAACUUGUUUGUGUCAUCGAAAUUAAUCAUACUAAUUUAGUAGGAGUUGUCGAUUGUAUGAAAACAAUUGCUUUCAGGAAACAAAUGUUCUUCUUAUACUAUAGUAAUUCAAACUUACCAAAGCUAACAGUACAGAUUUUUUUUUUAAUGUGAGCCAAGUUUCCUGAAGUGAAAUAAGUGUACUGUGGAGCAAACUCAAGAAAUGUUACGUAUUGUAUUUUGAAUGGCAAUUUAUCUGUUUUGCUGGUAAUAUGUUUUCUAUCUGUUUUCUGCACACAUUUGACUAAAAUACUGAAUUUAAACUUUUCUGAGCAAUUAUGUACCCAGCGAAUCAAAUACAUUGUUAUGGUGAUAUGCAAUUCACACAAAACCAUUUUGAUACGGUUUGAAACGGUUUUAGACUAUAUUACAGUACAGUGCUGCUUGUAAGCCUGGUCCUUGACCUGAGUGACAUAUUUCAUAUGAUUUGCAUUACUUUAUAUGUGGUGUCUUUGCAAACUGGAAGUGGAAACGAAAAAAUCUGACUAUGACCCUAUUUGUUUCAGCUUGGGCUGUUUUGAAUCAGCCUUAUUUACUGUAACACUUCAUACAGUAACAUGCUCUUUUUCUGGAGUCCAUAACAGUUUACAAGAUGUCCACCCUGAAUGGCCUUGGUUGGAGAAAGCUGGUGGGUCUUCUUUCAAAGGGGCCUCUGUCUGUUUAGUGUUUAUUUACAAGGACCUUACAUAGUUUUUUGAAAUUGUAUCAGACAACAUGACUGCAAAGAGCUUACUGUCAAAGCUUCAUUCGCUGUAACCACUGUCAUUACUUCAUGUAUGAAUGAUGAUCAUAAGUCAUUUGAUUUCUUUAGCCUUUUACUGACAUUGAAUCGCUCACUCUUCUACAUUUCCAUAAGGGAGGAUGUUUUCAUGUACUCAUACGGUAUGUGUGUAUAUACCUAGACCUCCGCAUUGAGUUUGCUGCUUCUCUGUAGUUCCUUUUUGGAGGGUUAGCCUGACCAUUGUACAAGCCUUUCCAUGUAAAGUUAUGUGUUGUAGUAUAAAAUAAUUCAAGAUAGUGCAACAGUAUUUAGACACUUAAGCAAUAGUGAAGUUAGGUACCAGAAGACAUGCUCUCCAUCUUUUCUGCUUUGUAUACAGACUUUUGAUGUCACUAAGUGCCCAGUUUGAAUAGUAGAAUGGCAUUUUUUAAAUUAUGAGUAAUCAUCAAGUAGUGGGCUGAAAUGAUAUAAUUUGCACAUCGCAGUGUGAGAAAAUAUGAAAUGUGUCAAAGGCUCUUCAAGUGUCACCAUGAGUGGUUUUUGGAUACAAAAGAACAAAACCAAAAACCUAAAUUCAACAACAGAUAUCAGAAUUAGAUGCCUUGCCUCUGUGUAGCUAUUCUCAGUACACUAUCUUAACCAUAACCUUCAUGUUUGUCAGUAUAUGACAUUUAAAAAAAAGAAAGCGAUGGGAAAAAUUAAGUGCUCAGUACACUUUUUGGGGGGUUAUUUUUAAAGUUUACACAUUUGUUAUCUUAUCAGUGUUUUACUUUUCUGUUUCAUGUUUUGUAUAAACCACAACUUUAUUUAUUUUGUUGUUCAUUCAAUGUAUUUUAUUGUUG